CCUUGGAUCGAGGUUUAACAGAAUGUGUGUUGGUGAGGGAAAGAAUCUCAUUUCAAGCUUGCCGCCGGCCUUGGCAAGGAGGAAACCCGUACUUGACUGUUUGAUUCCUUUAAAACUAAAUCUAUCAACCUGACUCGCUGACUGACUCAGUGAGCGAGUCACUCGAUCGAAUGGAUUUCGUGGAAUUGGAGGCGGUUGAAGGCCUCCGUUGGUCAUGGAAUUCAUGGCCGGCGGCGCCGUCGUCGAAAUCGGAGCUGAUAAUCCCACUCAGCAUCAUGUGCACUCCAUUGAUGCAAGGCCCGGAGAUGCCGCUUCUCCCCUACGAUCCCCUCAGUUGCACCGGAUGCGGCGCCGUUUUGAACCCUUACGCUCGCCUCGACUACCAGUCACGCAUCUGGCACUGCCCCUUCUGCUCGCGCCGGAACCCUUUCCCUCGCUCCAUCGCCGACGCCGAUACCAAUCUCCCCGCCGAGCUCUUCCCUACCUACACCACCGUGGAGUACUCUUCCUCUUGCUCUUCCCUUCAUCUUCUUCCCAACGCUGGGGCUGGGAGUGUUGCUGCACCCGCUUUUGUGUUUGUUAUCGAUAUCUCCACUCCUGAGGAUGAACUGCGAUUCCUCAAGAAUGAACUCUUGCUUCUCCUCCACCGUUUGCCAGAUAACGCCCUUGUCGCCUUGGUUACCUUCGAUUCCAUGGUGUAUCUCCACGAUCUCCAAUAUUCCCACUGCUCAAGGCUUGUCAUCUUUCACGGUCACCGCCAACUUUUCUCCGAUCAGAUCCGAAAGUUUCUUAACAUUAGCCGUCCCCACCAGCUGCAUCUUGGGCAAAUACCAUCCAUCCCCAAGCAGGGAUUUCUGGUGUCAAUUUCAGAAUGUGAGUUCAGUAUCACUGCUGCAAUUGAAGACAUCCAUUCUACAAGCAACUUCAGGCCUGGCUGCCGCCCACCAAGGUGCACAGGGGCUGCAGUUUCAGCAGCCCUUGGACUUCUGGAGUGUUGCCUCAUAAACACAGGCUCCAGGAUCAUGGUCUUCACAUCUGGACCUGCUACUGUAGGCCCAGGACUGGUUGUAGACACUGACAUCCGCCAGGCCAUGAGAACCCACCAUGACAUCUUCAGUGGGCGGUCAAGACACCAUCCAAAAUCUUGCAGUUUCUACCAGCAGAUCUCCAAGAGGCUCUCUGAUGCAUCUGUUGUCCUUGAUCUGUUUGCUUGCUCCCUUGACCAAGUCGGAGCAGCUGAGCUUCGAGAACCUGUUGAGCAGUCGGGUGGACUUGUGAUUCUUGCCGACUCUUUUGAAUCGGAUCAAUUCAGGAAAUGUCUUAGUCACCUGUUUGAACGCAAUGACGAGGGUUAUUUGAAGAUGAACUUUGAUGCGACCAUUGAAAUAGUGACCACUAAAGAUGUGAAAAUUUGUGGAGCUCUUGGUCCUUGUGUGUCUCUUAGAAAAAACAACAGUUUGGUAAGUGAGUCCGAGGUUGGACAAGGUGGUACCUGCGUGUGGAAGUUGAAUACAAUCACUGACAGAACUUGCAUUGCCUUUUUCUUCCAAGUGAAUGAUGAGCAGAAAGUUCAACCCGGCUCUGCCUUUCUGAUUCAGUUUAUCACACGGUACAGGCAGGGGAACAUGGGGCCUCGAAAACGAGUCACCACUGCUGCUAGACGAUGGGUUGCAAGUGAUUCCACUGAUAUUGCUGCUGGCUUUGAUCAAGAAGCCGCAGCUUCAGUUAUGGCAAGACUUGCUAUUCUCAGGGCAGAGACAUGCUAUGCUCGAGAUGUCAUUAGAUGGCUUGAUGACCAACUAAUUCGUUUUUCAUCCAAGUUUGGGGACUAUGUGCCAGAAGAUCCUUCUUCCUUCCGCUUAUCUUCCAUCUUUUCCCUUUAUCCUCAGUUUAUGUUCCACUUGAGGCGAUCUCAAUUUAUUGACGUGUCUAACACUACUCCUGAUGAAACUGCAUAUUUCCGGGUUAUGCUGAACCGUGAGGGUGUAGUUGGUUCUCUUAUAAUGAUUCAACCUACACUGUUCCAAUAUUCUUUUGAUGGGCCACCUGUUCCAGUACUCCUUGACAUUCGUUCUAUUUGUCCGGAUUCCAUCUUGCUCUUUGAUUCUUUCUUCCAUGUUGUGAUUCAUUAUGGGUCCAAGGUCACUCACUGGAGGAAGGUCGGUUAUGAUAAGGACCCAAAUCAUGAGAACUUUAGAAAGCUGCUGGAAGCCCCAGAACUGGAUGCAGAGCAAUUGGUGGCUGAACGGGUUCCAGUGCCGAAAUUUAUAAGAUGUGACCAGUAUAGUAGUCAAGCUAGGUUUCUUCUUGCCAAAUUGAAUCCAUCUGUUACUCAAAAUUCAACUUACACAGAAGGUUCGGAUAUUAUCUUCACCGAUGAUUUGAGCUUAGAAAUUUUUCUAGAUCAAUUGCAGGUACUGGCAGUGCAAGGCUGAUAAAGGAGCAUUUUGUUAAAGCAUAUUCUUUUCUAUUACAUGAAAUUUGUAAGUAGUUUUCAGAGAAGAGUUAUCAUGUUUUCGGCAUAUAGUGUUCCCCUGUUUCCUUACGAGUUGUAAAAUAUCUGAUUUCUUUAGUGUGAUUAAGAAUAUGGUUUUGUCUUGUAGACUAGUUUUUAAGAUGUAACGUAGUCCAUAUUACACUGACUAGAAGCUGUAUUAUCCUCUAGUUUCUUGCCUAUACUGUAAAUAUCACAUGAUGUUAUCAAAUGAAUGAUUAAAGCUGUGCUCUGUUUCAUAGCUUUUUUAAUUUAUGUUUUUCCUUCA